AUGAAAAAAGUUAAUCUGUAACAAAUUCAAACAAAAAAGAAUAAAUAUCAACAAUUUGCAAUUACUGUUGCUGGAGGAAAUGAAGAUGAAGAUGAAUUAAAUCAACUCUAUUUGCCUCAAGGGAUUUGUAUUGAUAAUGAUAAAUCAAUGUAUAUUACUGAUUCUGGCAAUCAUCGUAUUGUUAAAUGGAAAUUGAAUUCAAAUACUGCUGAAAUCAUUGCAGGUGGAAAUGGAAAAGGAAAUCAAAACAAUCAAUUGAAUUAUCCAAUAGAUUUAAUUUUUGAUAAAGAAAAUAAUUCUUUAGUUAUUUCUGAUCUCGGAAACAGUCGAGUAAUUCGGUGUUUUGAUCAAAAUCAAACAAAUCAACAAAUUAUUAUUUCAAAUACUGAUUGUUGGGGUCUGGCAAUAGAUAAAAAUGGAUUUAUUUAUGCUUCUGAUUGUGAGAAUAAUGAAGUAAGACGAUGGAAACAAGGAGAUAUAAAAGGUGAAUUAGUUGCAGGUGGAAACGGUGAGGGGAAUCAUCUUAAUCAACUCGAUUCUCCUACUUAUAUUUUUAUUGAUGAAGAUUUUUCUCUUUAUAUAGCAGAUCGGAGAAACCAUCGUGUAAUGAAAUGGAAAAAAGAUGCAAAAGAAGGAAUUAUUGUUGCUGGUGGAAAUAAUAAAGGAAAUAGUCUCAGACAAUUGAGUGGUCCUGAUGGAGUGAUUGUUGAUGAUUUGGGUCAAAUCUAUGUGGCAGAUUGGGGGAAUGAUCGAGUAAUGCGUUGGUGUAAAGGAGAUAAAGAAGGUGAAAUUAUUGUAGGUAAAAAUGGAAGAGGAAAUCAAUCAAAUCAAUUGCAUUAUCCCGCAGGUUUAUCAUUUGACAAUGAAGAAAAUAUUUAUGUUGCUGAUUGUUACAACCAUCGAAUCCAAAAAUUUGAAAAAAUUUGA